AUGGUAGGAGCAUUAUAUUUUAUGAAUGAGGACACGUGGCGCCUGCGGCGUGGGACUAUGCUGGUCAGUAAUGAUGAUGAGCUGAAGGAAUAUGUGAGAUGUGCAAUAGUGAAUAUGUAUAUGGAAAUACUGAAGGAAUCAUCAUGUGGUGGAGACUGGGGUUUAUGGUAUGCAUGGUACACCAUGAAACAGAUGGAAGACGGGAUACGGGGUGGUUUAAUAACCACAGGUAAAUGUGGGCACGAAGUGUUUGAAAACAUACAAACAAAGGAAUUCGACAUGGCAGAGAAGAUUAAGGACUGGUUAAAGAAAAACCCGAGCUUGACUGACAAAAUUGGAGGCCAGGGUAUAGACAGCACAUGUAGGAAAAGCUUAGCAGAACUUGACGGGGUAACACCGGGUAAACAUAAAAUGGGUGACAAAAUAAAAAUGCAGCCAGAGGAGCAGGCAGCUAUAACUACGUUAGGCCAAGAACUGAAGGUCAUAGUUGAGCAGGUAAAGACAGCAGCAGUGCAAUGCGCGCAGACACCUGGACCAUGCAUGGAGCCUAGCGAAGACGACCCCAGUAGCGCUCCUGAGAAUGCCGACAGUAAGGCCAUAGUACCGCACCCUGUCAACAGCGGUAUACCAGCACCAAACGCAGCGGCAGGUAAGGACCGAUGGCAGAAUGCACUAAUGCGGCCGCCACCGAUAAGACUGCGGACGGAUGCCUCCACCACAACAAAAAGCGGCUGCGCGGAAACAGAAACCAACGUCGCUGCCCCACUUCGGUUGAGCGAUGAGCACAGGGGCUACGAUGGCAGUGGUAGUGGCGCCGACGACUGUGCAGACGAGUGUGGAGGGUUUACGGAAUUUAUGGAUAUAAGGGGAUUAUAUGUGGAUAGUGUAUUACAGAAAGGUUGA